AUGCAGAUCAUAUAUGGCUUCCAAGAGGUCUACGGCAGCUUGAACCGGCUACUGGCGGCAGGCAGCGUGCUGUUCUGGCCACGGCUUCAUUAUCUCUUGUUAAUCCUAGUCAGUAUUCAUGGAGUUUAUAGCUUCAGCGCACGAGCGAGCAGCCGCUUGCGGAAGGGAGUCGAAAGUCAGGCCACAGCUGAGCAGAAGCGGUGCGAAACCUCUCACAGGUUGUUGCUCGUAGGCGCGGUUUGCGGGCUGAUGGGCUGCCUCAUCAAUAUCCAGCGUGCUGCCAACCUGCUGAGCAUACUCGCUCCUUGGGUAAAAACCUCGCUCAACUCUGAUCCUGUGACAAACUCCAGCUGA